ACCAAGAAGGUAAGAAAAACGAAAUUGUGGUAUUAGAUCCGAAAAGGUCAAAUGCGAUUAACAUAGGAAUGACUAAGCUACCACCACCGAGGACAAUCAAGACAGCCAUCUUGAAGAUGGACAGCACCAUUGUGAAUAGGGAAGGGAUAGAGAAAAUCCUGUCAACAAUGAUGCCUACAGAAGAUGAAAAAAACAAAAUAGUAGAAGCUCAAAUGAAUAAUACAGAAGUGCCACUAGGUACUGCUGAGCAGUUCCUUCUGACUCUUUCCUCAAUCAGUGAAUUAGAAGCAAGGCUUAGGUUGUGGGCUUUUAGACUUGAUUAUGACACUGCAGAAAGAGAAAAAAGAAAUAUCAGUAUUAUUUAUACUGCUAAUGAUGGAUGGAUUCAAGGGUGUCAUCUAUAA